AUGGGUGGAUCUCAGAUGCAUCCCGCCAGGCAAGAGAAGCCAGCCAGCCAGCACCACAAGCUGUACCACUCUACACGGAGAACGUACCCAGGGAAGGCAGAUCUCCAGGAGCUAGACCAGUGGCUGGGGAGCAAAGCAAGACCCAGACCUGGAGACCUGAUUGAGAUUUUCCGAAUUGGCUACGAGCACUGGGCCAUCUACGUGGAGAAUGACUGUGUGGUCCAUCUGGCCCCUCCAAGUGAUGACGCUGAGGCCGGCAGCAUCAUGUCUGUCUUCAGCAACCAGGCCGUGGUGAAAUACAGUCGGCUGGAGGACGUGCUGCACGGCUGCUCUUGGAAGGUCAACAACAAGCUGGACGGGACCUACCUGCCUCUGCCUGUGGACAAGAUCAUCCGGCGCACGAAGAAGAUGAUCAACAAGGUUGUACAGUACAACCUGAUUGAGGGGAACUGUGAGCACUUUGUCAACAACCUCCGAUACGGCGUGUCCAGGAGCCAGCAGGUGGAGCAUGUCCUGAUGGAAGGAGCGAAGGCUGCAGGUGCAGUGAUCUCAGCCAUGGUGGACAGCAUGCGGCCCAAAGCAGUCACCGCCUGAGGAUGCCGAGAACCUCAAGAGGAGGGAGAGCAAAUGACAGCAGCCAAGACAGCAAGCCUCUUUCCCUCCCCUGGCCCUCCUCUCUUGACAGCCUUGUUUAAGACCAUUGUGAGAUUCCAGAAGAUUCUAGUAUGUAUCCAAUUACCCCUCCAGAAAUAUAUCCAAUUGAUAUGAUCAGGGGUCCAUGGACUCUUGAAAUGGACAGAAUGAUGGUCUUAGGUUAGCUAGGCUUCCCACUCGCCCAUUUGAUGUUACAUUCCUCACACAAAUCUUGCAUUUUUUUUUAGGAUGGCCAUAACCUCUGAUGUUUCAAUACCCUCAACGCAUUCUGGGAACCUCCAACCCGAGCCUCUUUUUCCCAGUAACAAAUAACUCUUUCCAGAAGUUCUUUGUGUUGAAUGAGAAUGUCUCUAGCUUCCUUCCGCUCCUCUUAGUCCUGCCCUUGCCAACCCACGGCAGAGUCCAGUGGAGGAAGCCUUCUGGGAACGCUGUGACUUGCACCCAGGACCAACUGUGUCUGAAUUUAGGGUCACAUUUUCCAAGAAAUAUUUUUUUUUAAAAA